AUGAUUGUAAGACCUACGCCUGUAUUGGCGUUGGGCGCCUGCAUUGCGGGCGCCCUGACGGCCGAGAUUAAGCAUGACCCUUCGCCACAGUCUUUGGAUACCAUACCUCCAAAUGAUCCUUUGGUAUCCCAAUCCAAAGUCCCAGCAGCUGGUCAUGUUUGGUUCGACUUCUCCCCCACAGCAGUCAAAAAUAUCCUUACUUCCUCAUCCACUUCUCCAUCCAAUUUCAAAGAUUUGAGCUCGCCUGAUGACCUCAAAAUUGCAAAGAGACAAGAGACUUGGUCACGCCCAGAGCUUGUGGGCAUCUCUAAUAGCGGUAAAUUCAAGAUGGACACACCCAAUAUGGGAAAGUUCGAUUGGGCUCGGAGAUACAAGGAUUGGGAGACUUUGGCGUUGCAAGAUUCUAACAGCGGAAAGAGUCUCUCGGCUCGUUACGGCGAAGAAAAGCUUGGCAAGCCUCAUUGGUUCUGCGAUCUCGACAAUGGCUGUACUGCAAUGCCAACUCCUCUUGAAGUUUUGGAAUUCGUGGAUGUAUCCGAACCUGGUAUGACAAGGGAUGAGAAAAUCGAAGAAGCUCAGGCUAGAUACUGGGCCGGUAUGAGCUACUAUUUGGUCUUCCGCUCCGGAACUCACACUAUCCAGAACGCACUUGCUCGCGCCCAGGACUUUGUACUGGCAAGAAUAGACAGCAUCAUCUACGACUUCACGAAACAAGACAACGUGGAGACGAUUCUCAAAUGCGAGAUUAAGAAAUGGUUCAUUAAUUUGGUAUAUCAAUACACUGGCAAGGCGUUAAGAAUAGGCAUGUCAAAGUUUGUCCAGGCUGAGGCAGGUCUCGACCCAAAAGACGCCAAACUCGAACCGCCCUCUUGGACAAGCCUUGAUAAGGCAAACCCAUUUAUGUUCACUGAAUUUUUGAAACAACUCUUGGAUUUUACAUUGCCAAUGGAGCACACUGUAGGGAAGGGUAAAAAGCACCCACAAGGUAACGAAGGAGAAUCUUCCAUUGAUUUCUUGCGCCUCACCAGUGAAUCAUACACAAGCGAUCUAUACUGCGGCCACAUGGAUGGAAUUGCUGGCACUGGAAACGACAAUAUGGCCCGUAUUGCCGACGCUGGCUUCCACAUAAGCGAAAUUAUGAAGCAGUAUAUGCAAAAUCUCAGUGAAGUAUUCAGGUCACUCAACGGAUUUAAAGAUGUUGAAGGAAUGGGCAAAACAAUGAGUGAUUGGAUGUUCAACGCCGACUACGAAGCUAUCAUCCGGAGACUCGACAGCAUUGAUAUCUCCAAAGAAGCUCAGAAUUUCAGUCAAAAGCUCUCAGGUUAUUUUAUUUCUGCUGCUUGGGCGAGUAACAAAUGUUACAUGAAAUGCCAAACUGAACUCAAUCGCGGAACCGUUAAUAAGAGAUGCCACGCUAAAAAGUUCGCCAGUGAAAGAUUCUGUCCUGAGGAUCAUCCUGAUACAUUGUGCCAAGUCAAUUGCUACACAAUGAUGGACUCAGGAAAUCACGAGAAGCAACUCAUCGGUUUGGAUAAACUUGCAAAACAUGGUUUUGACAUUGAGGAUAUCAAGAAAAAUUCUUGGGAAUACUCUCGGGAACUCAAAAAGCUCCACAAGCCUCAAUUGGAUUAUGUAAAUGGUAAGGAAUUCACAUUCAGCGGGGACAGGUCGGCUAUUACGCUUUCUGUAUCAACCAGCAAGACCAACAGAAUCGCCGAUAAACCCAGAAAAUCUCGAAAUUUCCCUUGUUUUAGCGGACAGGAUUAUAGAGGCAUGGAUACUGAAACCCAUUUGACGAACUUGGGUAUGGGAUUCGGCUCUACUGAUUGGGGAGAAGAAACAAAAGCAAACCCCCGUGCCUGGGAGAUGUUUCAGCAUCACUGCCCUGAACAAACACGUAAAAUGGCCCCUUUGACUCGCUACUUGAACAUAAUUUGCGGACAACAUCUCCUCUUCCCGGAAAAGACAGCGCGAGACGGACUCGUACAUCGUCGUGUUAUGAAACCGGAUAUUGAAGGAAAAAACCGUGAAGUCUGCCAAACCCUCCGCGAAAAGACCGAAAACAUGGAUGAAAACAUAGCAAACUAUCUCUUCUGCUCCGGCAGAUGGCCUGAAUCGUCAAAGAUUUUCUCCAACGAGAAAGGUUGGGUUUACACUGACUGGAAUUCUCGCUGGCAUCGUGGUUCCGGUUUGAAAUUCAUGUUGAGCCAUAAGUAUAGGUGUAUGAUCUAUAUGCUACAAAACAGGAAUUUCAAUGUAGGUGAGCAAUGGGCUAAUAUGGAUUGGCAUGCGGAUCCUACAAAGGUGGUAGAUGAUGGCGCUCAUGUUAAUGGCACGGUAUUGGCGCUGGAUGAUGAUGACGUCAAGGAUUUGGAGACUAUGCCUGAGGACAACCUCAGUAUGGAUCCAGCGGCGACAAAGGAGUUGAGACGCAAGCUCGCUGAGUAUGAAAAAAAUAAUAGAGGUUGA